AUGGAUGGACUUCCACAAUCUUGUUGGUGUGGCUCCCCCUUCAACACAAAUCACGCCAUGAUUUGUAAGACGGGAGGAUUUGUCGUCAUACGGCAUGAUGAAGUCAGGGACCUCACUGCCCAAAUGCUCAGGGAAGUCUGCCAUGACGUGAGGAUGGAACCAGAACUACUGCCGACUGGAGGAAGAAGCUUCACCCUGAGAUCGGUAAACACCUCAGAGGAUGCUCGGCUAGACAUCAGCGCCAGAGGAUUUUGGGCCCGAGGCCAGAGAGCAUUCUUCGAUGUAAGGGUCUUUAAUCCUAUGGCGCAGAGCAACAGGGACCAGGAUCUCCAUGCUGCCCACGGAAGGCAUGAAAACGACAAGAUCCGAGAAUAUGGAGAACGUGUAGAGAAGUGGAAACAAGGGACUUUCACGCCCCUUGUAUUCACGACCACAGGAGGAAUGGCACCAAGGGCAAAGGCCUUCUACGCUAUCCUGGCACAGCAACUGGCAGACAAGAAACAACAAUCAAGAAGCUGUGUCACAGCGUGGAUGAGAUGCCGCCUGUCGUUCUCUCUCCUGAGAUCUUCUAUCCUCUGCCUUCGUGGGACACGAUCAAAGCCGCCACUCUACGCCAGCGUGAGAGACACCGACUUCGAGGAGACGGUGGAAGAAAGUAGAUUAAGGGAAAAUCUAUUGUAAUAUGUAUAUAUCCUUUAGCGAAAUAAAGAUUAACAAAGAAGAAAAUAGUGGAUGAUGGCCA